AGCAUGGCAGGGUAGUUUUCAGUUUGUCACCCAAUGCUCCACGUGUUCACAACGUUCACAACAAACUUGAGAAAACACUCCAUGAUAUCUUAGUGUUCUAUGGUUACUUACAUGGAUGCUCCAGAGAAAACGUCUCAUUAAAGCACAGAGCAAGCUGGUGAAUUUGCCAUUGGACAACUUGAAUAAAUCAAGCUAAUUGAUUUUCCAGACAAGUCUCUUGAUUCUAUCAUAAGAUGGAUUUCUCAUCAUUAAGUUUGAUUUUCCUCCUCUUCCUGGCAUAUCUUGAGACAACCCAGAUGGUCUUAGGAUGUCAAUGUGCCCACAGACAUCCACAGCAACACUUCUGCCAGGCUGAAUUUGUUAUUCGUGCCAAGGUCAUGAGUAAAACCUUUGAGCCAAUCAUGCCAUCUCAAUCCCUACCCACUACCCCUCAACCUACAACCAAACCCCCAUGGAGAUUCCCUGCAGUCAGCAAACUGAGGAUGGCCAAACCUCCCAAGACACUUCGGCCCUUGUCUGAAGGACAGAUGGAAUCUUGGAAUACCUGGGCAAUGAGACUGAGGUACAUGGUGCAGGUGGAGAAGGUCUACAAAGGAGAGGAGACGAUACUAGCAAGAAGCAAGAUUGAGAUUGUUAGUCCUGCAGAUAGUGGCAUGUGCGGUGUGACGAUGCUGGAGGAAGGACAGAAAUACUUGCUGACAGGAAGCUUCUCUGAGAAAGGGCCGACAAUUCACCUCUGUGACUGGGUGGUUGAGUCACAUCUUGUGACCAAAACACAGAGACAAGGACUCAAGUAUGUCUACAAGAAAUACUGCGAUGAGUGCAUUAUCAAGCCUGGUGUCAUAUACUGGCCUCCGGAAGCCAAGGAAAAAGAUGUCUGCGCUUACAAUCCCUACUUGUUCCAUGAGAAUGACUGUGCUGCUUUGUAUUCUGCUUGUGUACGCAGGCCAAGUGGUAUUUGUGAAUGGCAAGUUACAAAUAAAAUGAAAAGAUGUCAGAAGGGGGGUGGCAUGAAAUUGAGAUCAGGGGGAAGACAUGCAAAGAGACAUAGUGUCUCAUGAGCUACAUGUACAUUUAUGAAGAAAAAAACCCAAUCAGUAUGUAUGUGACAAUCACACAUUGCUAGUGUUCUUCUAAAUACUUGUACUGUAAUUGUCUGAGAUCAUAACCCUGCUCAUGAGACCUAGCAAAUGUGGAUUUUUUGACAACCCUUUUGGGAGCAGAACGGAGUGAAAUUUCUGUUUGAGACAAACCUGUUGAGUUAUCUGUGAGAACAGUGAUAAUUAAAUGCACCUGUCAUUUGUAAGUGUACAUCAUGUCCUUCAUGGAUGUGACAUAGGGGUGCGUCGAGUCAAUUUGUGGGGUAUGUCAUUGUUCCUCAGUAGAUGCAUCACAAUAUGUGAAAGGUGGGUCAAAUAACGUCAAAUGUAUGCAUUGGUGUGUCACUGACAAAGUGUAGAUUCCACAAAAGGAUGUUAGACUAUGACACACCAUUCCAAGGGGUCAUGGGUGCGUCAUACAAUUGAUAGGUGCAUAAUAAAGGUCUCGAUAAGACAGAUAUGAAUGGUCGAACUGAAUGUUGACAAUGAACAGAAAUGGCUCAAAUUAAAUUUGCUAAAUGUUCAAAUUAAAUCACACAUGCUUGUUAUUGAACUGUAAAUAGAAUGCUUAGGAACAAAAUGGAUCAGGCAAAACUAUUUUUCAUUGACCAUUUUUGUUGUUCGGCUUCAAUGUUUUGAUUCCAACAGAAAAAAAAAACCUGUAUGUUUGACCAAAUUUAAACAUUUACAAAGAAGAUUAUUUAAUGUUUAUUUGACACUUUUGUGAAAAUCAAUCCUGUAAAUUAUUGGAUGCUAAGUUAUAUAUUGCUCUGUAAAUACACCCUUUGUAUAAAUUGCUGACAAAUGUUUGUGGACAUACUAUUAUAUUUGUAACUUAUAUCCAAUAUGCAUCAUACUGUUCUGAUGAUUGCUGUUUCGCUGUAUGGCCGAUACCUGAAAUCAUUCCUACAAACAGGUGUCUAAAAAGUUCAUAAAUACAAGGGAGGGGAACCAUGUAGCUCCAUCUGAUCUAAUAAGACAAGUCCAAGGCCAAACUGGCCCUGAUAACUGCUGGAAUGAAUGUUUUCAAAUCCAAAAACUGGGUCUGUGUCAAUUCAAGAAAAUGAAUGAUUUAAGAAAGUCUAACUUUGUUAUUAGCACAGUGGAAUUGAUCACCUGGGAUAUUAUUACACAAGACCACAUUUCUUUUUCCUUAUUACUGGCGUGAAGGUAAUAUACAUAUAUGUGACAUAUAUACUGCUGUGAUGUUCUAUUGGUUAUGGACUUGUCACCCUAAAGCAAGACAUUUUUUUGAUAAAGGUUAUUUCCUGAGUGAGGAGUGAGGAGCGUAUGAGUCAGAUUUACAGGUUUGCACAUUCAUCAAGAGGAAAUGUAAAACUUAACGUUAGUUAGCAGGGAUGAAAUCAUAGCUUGGGCACUAUCUUUAAGAAAAACCUUGCAAUACAUGGAAAUGUCUAGAGGUCUUAUCUUGAUGUAAAACUUCUCACAAGUUUGUUUCCUAUGAUAGACAUGCAAAUGAUGCAAAUAAGACAACACUGUGUUUCUUUAGAUUAAGCACCUGUCAAUGACGCCACCCAUCGCCUGCACAGUGACAAAACCCCUCACCUGUUAAUGACCACACCCACCUGUGACCACACCCUUCACCUGCAAGUGACCCCAACUACAUUUAAGUAGCCCCACCCAUCUGCAGGAUGGUUAAUGCCUAACUUGGAACACUGCCCAUAUUCUUAUUAGGGACAGGAUUUGCUGUACUUUUAACUUCUUGGCUAUUUAUUCUGAAUACCAUAUUAAGAUUCAACAUAAUCCAACAUGUGGAGAAUUUAACCAACAGACAGCUUUGAUGAGAAGUCUUGGAUGGGUAGAACGAUUAACAGUUGUAGGCAUUGUCUUUGUUUAUGCAAUUUGUGAUUACUACGUGCACCUGCUGAGGUCCUACACAUUGUGAUGAUUUUUCCACAGUUUCUGUUGUUUGAAACAACCUGUAAGAAAAUGAAGCAUUUUUAUAUCACUUAACACAGUCUAUUGUAAUUUUUAAAAAGCACUGAACUUGUUAACUUGACCAAAAACAGAAUAUUUUCCCUCCCUUAUCAUGGUUGAAGUGAGGGUACCGGUAUAAUCUUUUAUGAACAUAUAUUGACGGGUACUGGAUACAGCACAGGUAUUGAUAUGUACAUUAUGUAAAUAUAGGACAAGAACAUGUAUGUAUGGUGCUAUAUUAUAUAGCUUCUUUAAGAAGCACCUGUAAGAUAAUGUAAAGAAAGUAUUCAUUCUUCUCUAUUUUUUACUAAUUAUUCAUAAUAGAAUUUUAUUGUUCUGACUUUUUAUGUAUAAAAACUGAAAUACAUCAGCAUACAUGUAUAUAUCCAUUAUUUUCACUUACUAUCUGUUAUCAAACAAUACAUGUUGAAUUUGCUUUGCAGAUCAAAAUGUUGAUAAAAUUAUUUUGAACAAUAUUGCCACAAGUCAAGAAACUUACCUUUUCUUCUCAAAACAAACACACUUUCAAGAGCUUUAACUUCAAGAUGUACAUGUAUCAGUGGUAACAUUGAAAGGAAUUAAUGACAACAAUGGCAGACAAGUAAGCCUUCUGAAUAAUUUUUCACCACAAAAUCCCAGACUAUAAUUUCAACUUGAAGGUCACUGCUGCUGUUGCUGCUGACACAAUGUCAUCACUCCAUCUUGACUUAAUAGCUUGAGGCAUGAUUAUGAAUUUCCUGCUCGGACAUUGGUUAAUUACAGACUCCUGCUGCCUGACCACUAAGGCUGGGCUGUUCUCACGGAAUCUCUAUUGACCAGAAGCAAAAUUUACUUCACUUUCUCAGCACUUUCUGAACUGUCCUUAAAAACUAAUAAGGAAAAGAGUAACAGGACAUUGACACUGAUGCGAGUGGAAAUACAAUUACACUGUACGGAACUCUACAAUUUAUAAAAGUGUUUUAAUUUGCUGAUUCCUGAUUUCCUGGUAGUUUUACUGACAUUUCCUGUAAAAUGAUAUGUAAUUUGCAAAAAGUACAGUCAACUGUUUACAGGUGUUUUGGACAAGUAACGUUGUAAUAAACAUACUCAUACACAUAUAUCAGAUA